AAUGUGCCUCCAUGUGCCUAGCUCAUUGUGAGUUUGUGUUCGUUGCUGUUCGAGUUGUUUUGAUAUGUUUGCGCUCGUAAAGUUUUUAAAAGAGUUCGACAGUAAUCGCCUUUACGUUGUCGAUUCGGACUCGAUUCUGGACUUGCAUCCACGAAGCACAGAAGACUUCGACAACCGCAGGGUAUAUUCAGUAUUCUGGGUUGACGAGGAGAACAGCGAGAACACGCGGGCGUACGAGGCCCAAGUACUGCUGCUGGCUGAAUCGCGGGAGGAGUUAGAAAAGAAGAAGACCAGCAAAAGAGUGCCCAUACCAAAAAUCCAAAUGGACACGAACUCUGACGAUGAUAAGCCUCCCAGCAAAAAGCAAGACCAUAAGGAGGCAUCACAAAAGCGCAAAAAUGCGCAAGCCCGUGCGAAAUCUGAUGCAUAUUCGAAAAUGCUCGCCAAGCACAUAGCAGACACACAGAAGAAAGCGAAGGUUGAUUCUCAUAACCAGCCAAGCCGCCGAAGCCCUAUGCGGGACUACUCUUUAAUAAUUGAAAACUACUUCAUUGCAGAAAAGUCCACUUUUGCCAGGAAAGCAGCCGUCUCACCAGUAGCCGCACCUGUCUCAUCAGUGGCACGCACUGCAGUGAAAACUGGCACAGAAGACGAUCCACUGAUGGACAAUGGCUUGGAGGUGGACAAACCUCCCUGCAUAACAGUGCCUGAGAGAGACUUUGUUCACCUCCCUGAUGGAUCGUUUCACCUGGCAAAAGGUGUCAUUAUUACUGCAAGCCAGGCGGCAAAGGUACUCAAUAACAAGAAGGCUACAUUAGUCUGCAAGGACACAGCCCAGGCCAUCUGGGGCACAGAGCUCCUUUCAGAACGAAGCGUGUGUGGGGUUGCUGCACCAAAGGCAAGAGCCACUGGGCAGUUGCCGAAGCAGCCCCUCACACCAACAAAGGUGGACGUUGUCGCAGCCACAGUCCGCCACUGGGGGAUCAUCAAGGGGGAAGAUGUCUCUGCAACAGUUGCGAACAUCACAAAAGUCCUCUCCGAGAAAAUCCAAGAUGCGCGCAAGUCGACGAAGCGGCUUGCUGCAAUGAGCAAGAUAAAUGAAUAA